AUGGAGAUGGCGAGAACAAAAGUACAUCGCAAGAAAAGGCAAGUGGCAAUUCUCAUUAUAUGGGUGCUUUUGUGGGAAGCCGGUUCAGAAUCGAUUCAAUAUUCUGUACUGGAGGAGUCAGAAACUGGCACGUUUGUGGCCAAUUUGACAAAGGACCUGGGACUCAGGAGAGGAGAACUGGCUGCGCGGGGUGCCCAGGUUGUUUUCAAGGGGAACAGACAGCAUUUGCAGCUUGACCCAAAGACCUAUGAUUUACUGCUAAAUGAGAAACUGGACCGGGAAGAGCUGUGCGGCUCCACUGAGCCAUGCGUGCUACCUUUUCAAGUGUUACUGGAAAAUCCCUUGCAGUUUUUUCAGGCUGCUUUACGAGUCAGAGAUAUAAAUGACCACGCCCCAGAGUUCCCAGCCAGAGAAAUGCUACUAAAAAUAUCAGAAAUUACUACACCAGGAAAGCUAUUUCCUUUGAAAAUGGCACAGGAUUUAGAUGCUGGUAACAACAGUCUUCAGAGCUACAUAAUCAGCUCCAAUCCUCAUUUUCACGUUCUCACUCGCAAUCGCAGCGAUGGCAGGAAGUUCCCGGAGCUGGUGCUGGACAAAGCCUUGGACCGCGAGGAGCAGAGCGAGCUAAAGCUUACCCUCACAGCGGUGGAUGGUGGGUCUCCGCCCAGGUCUGGGACCACGGAGAUUCAGAUCCUGGUCUUGGACAUCAAUGACAAUGCUCCCGAAUUUGCUCAGGAACUCUAUGAGGCACAAAUUCCUGAAAACAAUUCCCUGGGCUCCCUGAUUAUCACCGUCUCAGCGACAGAUUUAGAUGCAGGAUCCUUUGGGGAGGUAUCUUAUGCCCUAUUUCAGGGAGAUGACAUUAAUCAACCCUUCGAAAUAAACGUAAUUACAGGAGAAAUUCGACUGAGAAAGACUUUGGAUUUUGAGGAAUUUCAAUCAUAUCACGUGGAUAUUGAGGCUACAGAUGGCGGGGGACUAUCAGGAAAAUGCUCUUUAAUCAUCAAGGUUCUGGACGUAAAUGACAACACUCCUCAACUGACCAUGUCCUCACUCAUCAGUCCCUUCCCCGAAAACCUGCCAGAGGUCAUAGUAGCAGUUUUCAGUGUGUCAGAUGCAGAUUCUGGGCAAAAUCAACAGGUUAUUUGUUCUAUAGAUGAUAAUCUCCCCUUUCUUCUAAGACCAUCAGUCGAAAAUUUCUACACCUUGGUAACUGAAGGAGCGCUGGACAGAGAGAGCCAGGCCGAGUACAACAUCACCAUCACCGUCACCGACCUGGGGACCCCCAGGCUGAAAACCCAGCACAACAUAACGGUGACGGUGUCCGACGUCAACGACAACGCCCCGGCCUUCAUUUUGUAUACUGAACUUGUACCUUUAAGGAAGAUGAAUAUAGAUAUAGAUAUAACGAUGGAGACAACGCUACCCAAAGCGCAGCAGAGAAGGCAAGUGACCGCUAUUAUUAUCCUAAUAAUGUUAAUACGGUGGGAAGUGGGCAGUACGACCAUUAAGUAUUCGGUUCUAGAAGAGAGGGAAAGCGGCUCCUUUGUGGCCAACCUCGCGAAAGAUCUGGGGCUUGGCUUGGGGGAGCUGGCCGCGCGGGGUGCUCGAAUUCUUUCCAAAGGGAAUCAACAGUAUUUGCAGCUCGAGCAGAAGAGUGGGAAUUUGCUCCUAAAAGAAAAAUUGGACCGGGAAGAGUUGUGCGGUGACACAGAUCCAUGUAUACUGCAUUUCCAGGUCUUAUUAAAAAGCCCAGUGCAGUUUAUUAAAGGUGAACUACAGCUACGAGACAUAAAUGACCAUGCCCCAGAAUUCUUGGAAAAUGAAAUCCUCCUGAAAAUCUCAGAAAGCAGCCGUCCGGGGACUGCAUUUCCUUUGAAAAUAGCUCAAGAUUUAGACGUGGGCAGUAACACAGUUCAGAACUACACUAUUGGCAACAACUCCCAUUUCCACCUUUUCACUCGAAAUCACAGCGAUGGCAGGAGAUACCCUGAGCUGGUGCUGGACAAAGCGCUGGACCGGGAGGAGGAGUCAGAGCUCAGGUUAACGCUCAUGGCCAUGGAUGGUGGGUCACCGCCUAGGACUGGGACUUCUCAGGUUCUCAUCGUAGUCUUGGACAUAAAUGAUAAUGCUCCUGAAUUUGCUCAGCUCCUCUAUGAGGUGCAAAUCCCAGAGAACAGCCCUAUAGGGUCCCUUGUCAUCACUGUGACUGCUAGAGAUUUAGAUGCUGGGACCCUUGGAGAGCUCUCCUACUCAUUUUUCCAAUCCUCAAAUCAAGUGAUUCAGGCCUUUGAAAUAAACGCAGUCACAGGGGAAAUUCGAUUAAAAAAAAUGUUAGAUUUUGAGGAAAUUCAAUCUUAUCGUAUGGAUAUUGAGGCUUCAGAUGGCGGGGGACUAUCAGGAAAAUGCUCUAUAGCCAUAGAAGUGAUGGAUGUAAACGACAACACGCCCGAACUGACUAUGUCAGUAUUCACCAGUGAUAUCCCAGAAAAUACCCCUGAUACAGUGGUCGCUAUUUUUGGAAUUUCAGAUCCAGACUCCGGGGAAAAUGGCAAAAUGAUGUGUUCCAUCCAAGACCAUCUCCCCUUCCUUUUGAAACUUACUGUAGAAAAUUUCUACACCUUGGUAACUGAAGGAGCGCUGGACAGAGAGAGCCAGGCCGAGUACAACAUCACCAUCACCGGCCCGUUUCCGGGCCACCUGGUGGACGUCAGCGGCGCGGGGACCCUGUCCCACAGCUACCAGUACGAGGUGUGUCUGAGGGGAGACUCGGGGACCAAUGAAUUCAAAUUCCUCAAGCCAAUUCUCCCCAGUUUCGUGGGUGAAGGGGCUGGUAGGGGCACCGAGGAAAACUCUCACUUUAAAAGAAAUCAUUUUGGGUUCAGUUAG